GGAACAAGCACAAGCAUGUCUUCACACAAGGUCAACGCCGCCUUCCCUGAGAGCAAUCUCACUUGGAAGAUUCUCAAUAACGCGACGCAGGGGGGAUACGCUGUCGGUGCUUUCAAUUGCUAUAACAAUGACGGCGUUAUGGCCGUCAUCCGUGCGGCUGAGGCCAAACGCUCCCCGGCAUUGAUUGAGAUCUUCCCUUGGACAAUGCAUUUCCAAGGCCCGCAUUUUGUCAAGUACAUAGUCGAAGCCGCCCACGGUGCCUCGGUUCCUAUCGGUGUCCACCUCGACCACUGCAUGGAUCCUAGCGAUGUUGAGCAGGCUUUGACCCUGCCGAUUGAUUCAAUCAUGGUGGACGCAUCCAGACUAGAACCUGAGGAAAACACGCAGUACUGUAAGAGAAUUACCGAGCUCGCCAAGGCACGAGGCAUUACGGUGGAGGCAGAAUUGGGUCGCAUUAACGGUGGGGAAGACGGUAUUCCAGACGCCGGUGAGCUUGAAGAGAUCUUAACCGAUCCACAAGAUGCAGCAGACUUUGCCCGUCAAACGGGGGUCCAUUAUAUUGCACCGUCAUUCGGCAAUAUUCACGGCCCUUACCCAGAAGGCGGCUCUGAGAAAUACUGGCAACUUGACCGACUCAAAGGCAUUGCCGACGCCCUUGGUCCCUCCGUUCCACUCGUCAUCCAUGGCACCCACCCGGUCCCGGAUUGGCUAUUUCGGGAAGCCAUUGAAGCAGGUGCCAGAAAGGUGAAUAUUAACCGGAACGCUCGUGAUGAGUACACAAAGUUUGUUGCAGAGAAUGCCGGUCGCCUGGAGCUCACUGCUCUGAAAGAGCAGUCAGUCGCAAUCUACCAGAAAUCGGUCGAGGCCUUGAUGGAUGUCCUUGGAUCAUCAGGUCAAGCACCAUAGGUGUGCAGGGAUGUUUGUAACUGUCAGAGCAUAUUUACAUUGGAAGCGCUUUGGUGGUGGGACCGAUUGAGGAGGUCGUAGUUGUCGAGGCUCGGAUGUUACCUUGCCUAUUUACGGCAAGCCUUGCUUUGGCAAUGUACCGCUUCCUUAUUCCAACAUCCUCUAUAAAAGGACAACAUACUAAACUCUUUCAAUGCG